AUGAACACGGUGUGGACUGCUGACUUUAUGCGGAGAGCCAACAUCAGUGCCCAGAGGUCCUUUGUCUUGGGCUGGCCCACGGUGAACUUUGUGGCCUCCUGUAGAUCUCCAGAACUAAAGGAAAAUGGCCGAGGCACGUGGCCAGGAACCAACAAGGGAGACACUCCGCUGGAAGAGAGAAAGAUUGCCGACACACACCUGGCAUGUUGGCAGGGCUCGGGUACUUGUCCGGACUAUCCCUGCCCAGCUCCACCGGCUGCAAAGCCAGGACAGCUCUCUGGCAUUUCUCUCAUGGACGUAUGUGACAAUGACGAGCUGCUCAAGCCCAUCCUGGAUCUGCUUGAUUUUAUCAAUCAAAAACGGCUGCUCACCAAAGACAUCUUCAGGAGUGACCAGAAAAGAAAAUCCUGCAGAUCCAUAAAGGAGCAGCUCAAGUCCGGGGACAAAGCAAACUGGGAUGGUGAAUCUGACUUUGUGUCAGAGGUGGUCUUAAAGGACUUUUUUGAAAAUAUCCAAGGAAGUGUAUUUUCAUCCAGUCUCUAUGGUAAAUGCCUUGCUGAUCCUGAGCAAGGGGAGAGCGAGGAUGAGAAAAUAACUGUCACCAGGAGGCUUUUAGACCAGGUACCGAGAGCCAAUGUUGUUCCCUCGCAGUAUCUUUUUGGACCAUUACACAACAUCGAGCAGCAGGCAACACACAAUAUGACAGCUUAUGGUUUGUCCUGCAUAGCCCAGAGCCUUCUUUGUCUGCCCAGUCCCUGCAACGCAGAUUUGGGAAGGGACUUGGAAAAAAAGCUUAGUCUUGUGCAAUUUCUCACUGAAAACUGCCUCAAGAUAUUUGGAGAAGAUGUCCCUUCCCUCCUGGAGGAGAGCUCUGUGAAUGCUGGUACCAGUGAGGCUGCAGAAUCCUGCCAGAAGAGAGUCACAAAAGUGCAGGCACACACAUGGCCUGUUGGCAGGGCUCGGGUACUUGUCCAGACUAAACCUGCCUGGCCCCACCAACUGCAAAGCCCGGACAGCUCUCUGGCAUUUCUCUCAUGGACGUGUGUGACAAUGACGAGCUGCUCAACCCCGUCCUGGAUCUGCUUGAUUUUAUCAAUCAAAAACGGCAGCUCACAAAAGACAUCUUCAGGACAGCGAGCAGUAAAGAAUCCUGCACAUCCCUAAAGGAGCAGCUCAACUCUGGGGACGAAGGGAACUGGGAUGGUGAAUGUGCCUUUCUGGCAGUGGUGAUCUUAAAGGAUUUUCUUGAGAAUAUCCAAGGAAGUGUAUUUUCAUCCCGUCUCUAUGAUAAAUGGCUUGCUGAUCCUGAGCAAGGAGAAAGCGAGGAUGAGAAAGUAUCUGCCACCUGGAGGCUAUUAGACCAGCUGCCGAGAGCCGACGCUGUCCUCUUGCGGUAUCUCUUUGGAGUAUUACACAUCGAGCAGCAGAUGACACACAAGAUGACAGCUUAUGUUUUAUCACUGCAUAGCCCAGAGCCUUCUUUGUCUGCCCAGUCCUUGCAACACAGACUACACCCACAGCGAAGGUACUACAUCAUCUGAGGGCACCCAUCAUACUCUGCUGCUUCACGGCCACGUAGAACUCAGAAGAGGCGGCAGGGCACAGCAGCGGCACCUCUUCUUCUACAGCGAUUUGCUGCUUGUGUCUGACACCAACUCACUCGCAGGCUUCUGCUGGAAAUUCUUUGAACGUUGAAAUCAACUGAAAUGGAAGAAGUAGUUGACUCACUGCUACCUAAGUAUUUGAUGCGCGUAUGAAAAAACCUGUGAGAAAAAAAUUCAGUAUCGAUGAACACGGUGUGGACUGCUGACUUUAUGCGGAGAGC